AUGCCAUCUUCAGGGAGAGACGAGAGCUCAUUGUCGCCAACUACUCAUCCGCGUAGCCACAUCCCCGACUGGAAAUGGAAGGGAACACUUGCAGUUCUGAUCUUGACAACCCUCAUCAAUGGCUAUGAUGUAAGCAACGUGGCCAAUAUCCAGCCCGCCCUUUACGAGGCCUUCGGCAACAUUACGCUUCUGCCAUGGAUCAGCCUGUCCUUCAGCCUUGCCGUGUUUGCAGUCCUAUCCUUGUCCCGGAAGAUCUUGUAUUGCGUCGACAUGAAAUGGAUCUAUAUCGCUAAUGUUGUGAUCUUUAUGGCCGGUGCUGCUGUGGCCGGUGCUGCUCCCAAUCUCCCUGUGGUCAUUGUUGGACGGGUCGUUAUGGGUGUCGGUGGUGCUGUUGUUUACCAAAGCAACUUGACAUUUGUCGCCGUGUUCGCCACACCCGAGGAGACACCUCGCCUAUUCGGUCUUCUGAGCGCAAUAUGGGCCGUGGGUCUCGUCAUUGGUGGUCCUAUCGGGUCCGCUUUCGCCUCGAACAGGCACACCACUUGGCGGUGGGCUUUCUACAUCAACCUACCCUGGGUGAGUGUCAGUCUUGCGGUCGCCAUUCUGUGCCUUCCUCGCAAAUACCUAGGGCCAGACCGUCCGUUGGUCUCCCGAUUGAUGAUGAUCGACCCUAUCGGCGUUGCGUUCAACAUGGCGGCCCCAGUACUAUUUGCCCUCGCAUUGGAGUUCUCCGGUCCUGUGUGGAACUGGGGCUCCGGGGCGUCUAUCGCAGCCUGGGUGGCUUUCGGUGUGGUCCUGAUUGGAUGGAUCGUCCAACAAUACUGGUGUAUUGGCACGACUUCUGAGCAACGCGCCGUUCCCCUUCACUUGCUUAGCCGGGUUGACCUGCUUCCACUUUGGAUCGCGUCUGGCUGUGCGGGCGCAUCGUAUGCCAUCACACUCUACUACACGCCGCUCUUCUUCGCGUUCGCUGGCGGACAUAGCGCCAUGGAGCAAACUGUCCGUCUUCUUCCGUUUGUUAUGGUCUUCAUCGCCGUGGUCAUCCUCGUCGGCGGGUUGCUCCCGGUCUUUGGCCGCUACAACCUGAUCUACAUCGUUGCGGGCAUUGCAACCGCCGCGGGAGCCGGCGCUAUGGCCGGCACACUGAGUCCGGGUGUCUCCGAAUCCCAGGUGUUAGGUCUGGAAGCACUCAUUGGCGUUGGCCUUGGCUGUUCGUUCCAACACGGGGUCGGUGUCUCGAGUGUAAUAAACAAGAACCCACGCGACCGCGUCGACAGCGCGGUUAUGUUCAACAUGGCACAGAUGGGCGGCAUUGCAAUUGCUCUGGCGGUUGCAGGCUCGAUUUUUCAAAAUGCGGGGUACAACAUGCUGACGGACGCCAUUGGGGAUAGUGGGUACUCGGAAGAAGACCUGCGUGAGGCGCUGGCCGGAGUAUCAUCGGCAGUGUGGCAGUCCGGCAAUCCCGAUGUUCGUUCUCGUGGGGUUAAUGCUGUGGCCACGGUGAUUGGGCAGGAGUUUUAUUUAGUGGUGGCCGGUGGUGUGAUCUGUCUCGUCUGCGGGUUGUUGAUGAGACGGGAGCGAUUGGACUACGGCAGACAUAAGAACAAGGAUAUCGAAACAUGA